AUGUGGCGUCACAUAUUUAUUUGGAUCCAGAUUUUGGGCUUUCUUUUACUGAUGUCUUUAAUUGGACAGCAUUUGUACAUUUGGUAUGUAGGUGAUCUUUAUCUAUGGGAGCGUAAGGGAUAUGAAAAGAGCCGAAAAUCUUCAAUAUCAUUGUGGGAAAAUCGUCUUUAUGCACCUACAUACAUAACAAAGAUUGAUAAUAUAUACAUUAUUGUUGACUGUUGGCACCAUCGGGUUCUAUAUAGUGAAAAUAUUUACGAGCCUGUAGGGGAGUGGCGUGACCUUGUUGCAGAUAUUCGUAUUUGGAUACCUCACAGUGUCGCAACCAAUGGUGAUAUUCUUGUAAUGGAAAGUUCUGAUCAUGGAAGCGGUGGAAGGGACCACUCCCUUGUUGUUUUUGGUAUUAUAAGGGGUUCCCAAGGAAAAAUUAAAGGGUUUCGUUUUCUACAAAGAAUACGAUUAUGUCCUGGAAAAAAAGUGUUUCGCCCACACAGGGUCCUCUACGAUCUUAAGACUGAUGCCUUCUAUGUGUAUAUAACAAAUCCUCCAACUUUUGGAAAGUACAAUUGGUCUAGGAAAAAGCAAAGAUUGCAAUACGUCUAUUGUGAAGAUCUUCACUUUAUGGAGGGUGUUUACGCUCGAUCCUUUACAUUUGUAAAUGAUGCAAUCAUUUUUACAGCAGGUCCGAAAAAAUCCUUGACAUUUGCGAAGUUAGAUGGUGUAAACGGAACCCCAAGGUUUCUUGGUCGCAUUAAUGUUGGAUGGAUGGGUCUUAAAACAGGGACUAUGAACGAUGUAAUAUACAAAGACAAUUAUUGGUAUAUUACUAGCAGUUAUCCUUGUUCGUUGAUUCGUGUGAAAUCAUUACGAAAAGGGCGUAUUGAAAUGCUGCACAAAAAACUUCAGCUUUGCCAAGCGGGAAAAAAAGGACCAGGUAUUCGUGCUGAUGGACGAUGUAACCAUUUGGGGACUCCAUAUUACUUGAGCUUUAUCGAUGGACGUAUGAUGAUUCCUUUUCUGUUUGCUUGCAGUGGUAUACUGUCUUUUGACCCUAUCACAAAGUCAGCUACUGUGCUGUGGGGUUCUGGAUGGACAGAAAUACCUAAUGAUGUUGAAAGAAGAGGAACGGAGUGGUGA